CGUCUGUGGACUUAGAAAGUUUCUUGGAAAAAACUUUCUUGGAAAAAACUUUCUUUCUUCUCAAGGAAGUUCACAAAUAAGAACCCCUCCUCAUAGUUCAUACUCGCAAAUAUUUUGCGCACCAAAACAAGAUGGCUACCUCUUCCUCCGAAACCAAUCUCUCCACCGCAAAAACAUUCCUGACCACCGCGGCCUCCGUCGCAGCCACGGUGAUGCUAGCUCGUUCAAUUGCUCAAGAUUACUUGCCAUAUGAAAUCCAUGAUUACUUUUUGUUUAAUAUCCGCAAAUUCUUUAAUCGUUUCUCGUCCCAACUCACCAUGGUUAUUGAUGAAUUUGAUGGUUUUGUUCACAACCAAGUAUACGAGGCAGCACAGACUUACUUGGGUAGCAGAACAUCUCCAUCAAUACAAAGAUUCAAAGUAAGCAAACCCGAGAAAGAAAAAAAUUUCAUAGUGACAAUGGAUGGGAAUGAAGAAAUCUUUGAUGUCUUUCAAGGUGUGAAAUUCAAGUGGAUUUUUGUUUGCAGACAAGUCGACUCGACAAGGCAUUUCCAGCGAUUUGAUCGCCAGUACUCCACAUCAGAAGUGAGGUAUUUUGAGGUCAGUUUUCCCAAGAAACAAAAGGAAAUGGCUCUUCAAUCUUAUUUGCCUUAUAUUAUCAAGCAAGCAAAAUCCAUGGAGCAAGAGAGGAAGACGUUGAAGAUUUUCACCCUUGACCAGGAGCACAUGUAUGGAAAUUUAACUGACGCAUGGAAACCAGUUAAUCUUGAUCAUCCUGCCACUUUCGAAACACUUGCCAUGGACCCAGAACAAAAAGACACAAUCAUCAAAGAUCUCGAAAGUUUUGUGAAGAGGAAAGAGUAUUAUAGGAAGGUGGGAAAGGCCUGGAAAAGAGGGUAUUUAUUGUAUGGGCCACCAGGGACUGGAAAAUCAAGCUUAAUCGCUGCAAUGGCUAAUUAUCUGAAAUUCGACAUAUAUGACUUGGAGCUGACUGAGCUAAGUUGCAACUCCCAGCUUAGGAGGCUGCUUAUUGCCACCGCUAAUCGGUCAAUACUGGUGGUGGAGGAUAUAGAUUGCACAAUUGAGUUCCAGGAUCGGUCGGCGGCCGAAGCAAGUUCUGCAGAAUGUUGCGGCUAUCCACCUCGAAAACAGGUGACGCUGUCAGGAUUGCUUAAUUUCAUAGAUGGAUUAUGGUCUAGUUGUGGUGACGAAAGAAUCAUAAUUUUCACAACAAAUCACAAAGAGAAGCUAGACCCAGCAUUGCUGCGACCUGGAAGAAUGGAUGUUCACGUUCUCAUGUCUUACUGCACCCCAAGUGGAUUCAGACUUCUUGCUGCUAAUUACCUUGGGAUUAAAGAUCAUAAACUGUUUGGGGAGAUUGUGGAGUUGAUUAGCACAGCACAAGUGACCCCAGCAGAAGUGGCUGAGCAGCUGAUGAGGAGUGAUGAAGUUGAGACUGUACUUAAUGAUUUGAUUCAAUUUCUCAGGGCGAAACUGAAAGAACAUGAAGAAGAAAAGGCUAAACAAAUUAAUGGAGAAUUGAAUGUGUCGAAAGAUGAUGAGAACAGAAAGAAAGAUGUGAAGUGAGUGAAGGAUGAGGGAGCUAAUGGUGAUGAAUGAUGAUGAUGAAAAAGAAAUUAGUAUCUAGUGCCCAAUAUUUAAUUAUUUUAAACUUUAUGCUAAGAGAUUUAACCAUAGAAAUGCAUUUUCUUAAUGGCUUUCUUUGACCA